GUUUUGGGAGAAGGAGAGGAUAGGAGCUGAAUAUAUCACAACGUCUAAAGGCCUUGUUUAAUAAAUGUUCAGGCGCUUGAGGUGAAAGUUGCAACUAUGGUGUUGGUGACCCAUCAAUUGCAGGGUUCAUAUGUAGCAUUUCGUUCAAGGCCUUUAUCAUGUAGGAAAGGAUUGACAUUACGGAGACCUGUAGCUACUCUUCAUAUGCUUGGGAGAAGGGAGAAGGGCAUAUCAGUAAGGCACUCCACUUGUUUUUGUAUAGGGGCUCAGUCUCACGGAUUGAAUGCCAGUAAUAUAAGGAUUUCAGCUUUCAAAGGCGGUGUCCAGAGUGAUGAAUCAGGACGCAGAGAAAACGAAGGGAAUGUUUCAAAGAGUUCUAUUAAAGUUUCUUAUGCUCCAAAAGAUGGUGAAGGGGCCACGAUAGAAUCUUCCAAGGCUCAUAACAGUCCAGUUGCCUAUGCCUCGGAAACUGUUGAGAACGUUGUGGGAUCCCCUGCUAUUCAGAAAUUAUUCAAGAAAUGGAUAAUGAUGCUGCAAUCACAUUCCCCAAGUCAAGUGGUGGAUGAUGCUUUGGAAGAAGAAGCACCUCCUAGGGAUGCAUCAGAAACUCAAUUUGGCACCCAAAGUAAUGGAAAAAGCGAGAAUCUAAAGAUGGUUUGGUGUUAUUUCUGGAAUUUGAAUGCAACAAUCAAAAUACCCUUAUUAAUAUUUGUUCCAUGGUACCUCGGUGUCAAUUUGAUAUACGGGGCUGAAGUUUCGAAGGACUUGACUCCUCUAUGGGUGUUUGGGCCCCUGAUCGUUGCUCUUUACAUCAAGAUGCUCAGAGGCUUGUGCGCGCUUUAUGUUUUCAGCUUCAAGAAGACAGUUCAGAUAAUUAAGAACCUACCUACCUACUACCUCCUUGCUUACAAUUAUAUCGCACGUGGAAAGCUGAAGGAAGACAUACGAGCUCGCUUGUGGCAACCUGUGGAAGACAUGAAGAACAUGGACUACAAAGAGGUAUGGAGGAAAAAGGCAAAAGAUUUUCAAGAGUGGUUGACGGAGAAGUACCUGGACUAUGUGGAAUCCAUAUGGCCAUACUACUGCAGAACCAUCAGGUUCCUAAAGAGGGCUAAUCUCAUUUAGGUUUAGAGUUCUUUUGAUCCGAGUGAAGUGUUAGGCGAGGUAUUGAUUCUGUGGGUUUAGAGUUUGAAAUUGAUUGCAAGGUUGAAAAUUUUGGACCAAAGGCAGCAGAGUGCAAACCACAUUUUUUUGGAUUUAAAAGAAAAAAAGGUUUCAAACCCGAGUUCUUGCUAGAUUCAUUCACGCUCAAAACUUUUUUUA